AUGAGUUUGGGAAUUAAAGUAUGCGAUAAUGUUAGGGCGUACCCCGCAGGCGACGCGCAGAUGCAGCACCCGGCGUCUGUGGGAAAUGGACAAGGGUUGCUGCACCAGGGACGGGGGCAGCGUAAGAGGCGAGUCCAGGAGGUGAACUUGAGGAUUGCGAGUUGGAAUGUGGGUACGAUGACUGGGAGAGGACGAGAGCUAGCAGAUGUUUUGGAAAGGAGACGGAUAAAUAUAGCAUGCUUGCAGGAGACGAAGUGGAAGGGACAGAGAGCAAGAGAAAUUGGGGCGGGUUAUAAGUUUUAUUAUUGCGGCUGCGAUGGGAAAAGAAAUGGCGUAGGUAUAGUGUUAGAUAGAGAGCUGAAGAACAAGGUGACGGAUGUGAAUAGAGUGAAUGAUAGAGUUAUUGUAGUAAGACUGUUGAUGGAAGACUCGGUUUUAAAUGUAGUUAGUGUGUAUGCGCCGCAAACUGGAUGCGAUGACAGUAUGAAAGAAAGGUUUUGGGAGGAUUUUGAUGCGGUUAUAAUGAGAAUACCAGAAUGUGAGGAAAUAUACAUUGGAGGAGAUUUUAAUGGACAUGUAGGAAGGAUGAAUGACGGGUAUGAAAGAGUACAUGGGGGCCGAGGUCACGGAGUCAGGAACCGAGACGGUGAAGCUCUACUGGAAGCAGCCUUGGCCUUUGACUUAGCAAUAGCCAACACAUUCUACCAAAAACGGGAACAACACCUUGUCACAUACCGUAGUGGUCUACACUCUACCCAAAUUGACUACAUUCUUUUAAGAAGAAACAGGCUAAAAUCGGCCAAGGACUGCAAGGUAAUACCGAGUGAGAGUCUUGUCUCUCAGCAUAGGCUACUGCUCCUGGAUUUAGCUCUGAGAGUUCAGAGUUUAAAUAAGAGCCCGAAGCCCCCAGUUAGAACGAAAUGGUACAGACUGGAUGAUAGGAAGAUGGCUGCAGAAUUCCGGGAAAGAGUGAUUGGUAAACUGAUAGAGAUGGGAGAUAUGGUGGGGAUGGGAGUAAACGAGUGCUGGAGUGAGAUGGCAACGUGGGUGCGAAGUGUAGCAAGGGAUGUCCUAGGGGAAACGAAAGGGAAAAGAAAGAUAGAGAGGGAUACAUGGAGGGACGACUCGUUGGCCCACACCGCGAAGGAGAAGGCCGAUCUUUUAGGCUCUCUUUUUGCGUCCAACUCGACUUUGGAUGAUAACGGAAAAAUACCACCGACAAUCCCUCGGUGUGAUACAAUAAUGCCGGAAAUAAUUUUCCAACAGAGCUCCGUACGCAAAGCCCUUUUCUCGUUGGACAUCAAUAAAUCGAGUGGGCCCGAUGGCGUCCCUCCGUUAGUGCUACAAACUUGUGCUCCUGAGUUGGCACCCGUCCUCACGCGUCUUUUCCGUCACUCUUAUUCGUUAGGCGUUGUCCCACGCUCGUGGAAGAUGGCUUUGGUGCUCCCGAUCCCUAAGAAAGGGGACCGCUCAGAUCCGUCCAAUUAUAGACCAAUUGCUAUAACUUCCUUGUUCUCAAAGAUUAUGGAAUCCUUAAUCAACUGCCAGCUCCGGCGGUAUUUAGAGGAGCACCAGCUGAUUAGCGAUCGCCAAUAUGGCUUUCAACGGAGUCGCUCGGCUGGUGAUCUUCUAAUAUUUUUAACUCACCGAUGGGCGGAGGCGGUUGAGAGCAGGGGAGAAGCGCUGGCGGUUAGUUUGGACAUAGCGAAGGCCUUUGAUCGGGUGUGGCAUAGGGCACUUCUAACAAAGCUACCAUCCUAUGGGCUUCCCGAGAAACUAUGUAAAUGGAUCACCAGUUUUUUGACAGACAGGAACAUCAAGGUCGUUGUUGACGGUGCAUGCUCGGACCUCAAGUCUGUCAAUGCUGGCGUUCCCCAAGGCUGUGUACUAUCACCUACUUUGUUCCUUCUGCAUAUCAAUGAUCUGUUACAAACUAGUGGCAUUCAUUGUUAUGCGGACGACAGCACCGGGGACGCCUUAUACACAGGCCGUCCUAAUAUUUCUCGAGAACAAGUCGAUGAGUGUCGGAACAAACUUGUGUCUGAAAUCGAGUCUCUUUUAGCCAAAGUCUCGCAAUGGAGACGACAUAAUCUAGUCCAGUUCAACCCUAAUAAGACACAAGUUUGCGCGUUUACCGCAAAAAAAUCACCCUUCGUCGUUCCUCUCAAAUUUGAAGGCACUCCCCUCACAGCCUCGGCCAGUAUUGGGAUACUAGGCGUCGACAUAUCGAGCAAUGUGCGAUUUCGUGGUCAUCUGGAAGGAAAGGCUAAACUAGCCUCGAAGAAACUUGGCGUGCUCAGUAGGGCGAAGCAAUGGGAGAAAGCUAAAAUUUACUUAACAGUGAACAAUGAACAGGGCAGUAAAAUAAGGAAGUAG